UUCUAACAAGAAAAUUAGCAUAUUUCAUGCGUAGAUUUCUUGGUGAAAAGAUAUGGAGAAAGUUUCGUUUAAGAUUGUCAUCUUGGCUAUGCUUUUGCUUAUUCCGUGCGAAUCAAAAUUGGGAGUUGUUGAAGGGAGAUCGGUUACAAAUGGUUUUCAUGAUGUGAUUUUGAAAGCAUGUAAGGACAAAUCUGAAUGUAAAUGCACUUGGUUCUGGCAAACACCAAAAUGUAAAGAUGGAUCAUGUAAAUGUAGAUGAAAGAAUCUUUAAUGGUUUUCUUGGAGAUUGGAAGACAACAAAUGAAGAAAAUAAAUUUUAUGAUGUUCGUAAACGUUUAUUUAUAAUGAUAGAA